UCGAGCUUCCUACUAAGAUCUCGUUUCAACGGUGCCACACGAAAGCCCUAAAUCUCAGAUCAAGGUUUGUAGAAUCGGCACUUUUCGGAGACCCAUCGCCGGAGCGCUCUCCUCUUUUCCCCCACCGUUGCACCUCGAAUUCACUCACACAUCGCUCUUUCGUCAUCCCUAACCUGCGGCCGGAGAAGAACCCUCUUUUCACUCGAUCGGCGGGUUUCGCUGCCCUUUACAUCUCCCUUGGGAAUUGAUUGCAGCAAGUCCACCCGUCACCCUCGGCCGUCGUGGCGCCACAUCCCUCCAAAUAGCAGGUAACGGGCGCGUGACCAAGGAUAUAUUCCGCUGGCGGUCGGCGACGUUCUCCGGAUUUGCUUUUGGUAGAGGGGUUUUCUCUUUCAAUCUUAUCAUCGUCAAGGAAAGCUUCAAGCUGCAAUGCACCGUGUGGCCAGUGCUGGUAACACUUCCAAUUCAACACGUCCUAGAAAGGAGAAGCGCCUAACAUAUGUUCUGAAUGAUGCAGAUAACACAAAGCAUUGUGCAGGCAUUAACUGUUUGGCCAUUCUAAACUCUGCAACUCCCAAUGGUUGUGAUCAUCUCUUUACUGGGAGCAGAGAUGGGACACUGAAAAGAUGGGCUCUGAGUGAUAAUGAUGCUACCUGUUCGGCAACAUUUGAAUCACAUGUUGAUUGGGUUAAUGAUGCAGUUCUGGCUGGAAAUAAUCUUGUUUCCUGUUCCUCUGACACCACUAUGAAGAUAUGGAAUCCCUUGUCUGAUGGUGUUUGCAGUAGAACUCUUCGACAGCAUUCUGACUAUGUUACUUGUCUGGCUGCUGCUGAGAAAAAUAGCAAUAUAGUUGCCUCUGGGGGGCUUGGUGCGGAGGUUUUCAUAUGGGACAUUGAUGCAGCACUUCUACCACUUGCUAAGACUGUUGAUCCAAAAGAAGAAGAACUUCCCAAUGGAAAUUUGGGACUUCCUUUGUCAAGUUUACGUGGUAUGAAUACUGGCAACAACAUGUCUUUUCAUAACAACCAAUCCCGUGGAUAUAGUCCUAUUGUUGCCAAAGGCCACAAGGAGUCAGUUUAUGCAUUGGCAAUGAACGAUAGUGGGACCUUACUAGUUUCAGGUGGAACUGAAAAGGUUAUACGGGUUUGGGAUCCAAGAACUGGUUCAAAAAAUCUGAAGCUUAGAGGGCAUACUGACAAUAUUAGGGCCUUGCUUCUUGACUCCACGGGCAGGUUUUGCUUAUCAGGGUCGUCCGAUUCAAUGAUCCGUCUGUGGGAUCUUGGUCAACAACGAUGUGUCCAUUCUUAUGCUGUCCAUACAGACUCAGUCUGGGCACUUGCCAGCAAUUCAACAUUCACACAUGUUUAUAGUGGUGGGAGGGACCUAUCUUUGUACCUGACAGACUUAUCAACGAGGGAAAGCCUUUUGCUUUACACAAAAGAACACCCAAUUCUACAAAUGGCCUUGCAGGAUGAUAGUAUAUGGGUUGCAACGACAGAUUCUUCUGUACAUAGGUUGCCAGCAGAAGGAUGUAACCCUCAGAAGGUUUUUCAAAGAGGUGGUUCAUUUUUAGCUGGAAAUUUGUCAUUUACAAGGGCAAGAGCUUCUUUAGAAGGAUCUGCUCCUGUUCCUGUGUACAAAGAACCAUCUUUCACUAUUCCUGGAAUCCCAGGAAUUGUACAGUAUGAAAUCUUGAAUAACAGGAGACAUGUUUUGACAAAGGAUACAUCAGGUUCAGUCAAGCUGUGGGAGAUUACCAGGGGCAUUGUGAUUGAAGAUUAUGGGAAGGUUUCAUUUGAUGAAAAAAAGGAGGAGUUAUUUGAAAUGGUGAGCAUACCUGCAUGGUUUGCAAUGGACACUCGACUUGGAAGCUUGUCUAUUCAUUUGGAUACCCCUCAAUGCUUUUCUGCUGAGAUGUAUGCUGUUGACUUGAAUAUAUCAGGAGCACCAGAAGAUCUGAAGAUUAACUUAGCUCAGGAGACACUUCGUGGUUUGUUGGUCCAUUGGGCAGCUAAAAGAAGGCAGAGAUCUGGAUCACAAGCUUCGUCAAAUGGAAAUGUCGCAUCUUCAAAUGAUGUCACUAGAAAUCUUCCACAUUCAAAAAUUGAGGUGGAUGAUGGGGCAGAAAACAACACAUUCGUUGUGCUUCCUUCUUUUGAAUUUGCUACCGAUUCACCUCCAUCCAUAGUUACGGAGGGUUCGCAUGGAGGUCCUUGGAGAAAGAAGAUAACAGAUUUAGAUGGCACAGAAGAUGAGAAGGAUCUUCCAUGGUGGUGUAUGGAUUGUGUUUUAAAUGGACGAUUACCUCCAAGGGAAAAUACAAAAUGUAGCUUUCAUUUGCAAGCUUGUGAAGGUUCAAGUGUCCAAAUACUAACACAAGGUAAAUUGAGUGCUCCACGGAUAUUGAGGAUUAACAAAGUGAUUAAUUAUGUCAUUGAAAAGAUGGUUCUUGACAAACCAUUGGAUGGUGGAAGCUCUGAUGGAGCAUCUGGUUUGGGAUUAAGUACAGGACCAUCCCAGCUUUCAACCCUUGGAGACGUUUCUCUACGGCCAGGGAUGAAGCCAUGGCAAAAGAUGAAGCCAUCAAUAGAAAUUUUGUGUAAUAAUCAGGUCCUAUCACCUGAAAUGAGUUUGGCCACGGUUCGAACAUACAUCUGGAAGAAGCCAGAAGACUUGGUGCUGAAUUACAGACUGGUGCCAAAAUAAAUGAGCAUGAACUCUACCAUAAAUAAAAGCUUUUAAGUCUCCUGCAUUUUCGUCACUUAGUAAAGCGUGGAAUGUUGGGUUGGAGUGGAGGAUCCUGCUGCUGGAUGUGUGAUACAUGGUGCACCGAUUCCUCAAUGCGCCUAUGGGUUUGCGGCCGAGUUGAUACUGCUGCAGCAUUGUAAAUUUGGAAGUCUGCUAUGUGAAACUCAUAUUGCACUAAAUCCAUAACUCCUUGAGCCUUAAUAAUCCUGUGCAGAUGCUAUGUUUUAGCUGUAAGCUUGAUUGUAAAAAACUUGCAAAAUCUUCAAGCAAACAAAUCAAUGGUUGUGGGACAUUGGGACUAAUGUGGAUUGAUGGUUGAUUUUGCUUGUUGAAGCAUAUCAUAUUGUAAUCAGAAAAUGAUAGAAGGGAGCAUCCUUGAUGUGAAGAGUCUUAACUCAAGUAUUGUAAGAAAAAUAUGGCACAUGUAUCUCUUUAUUACACAAAGCAUACAUGAAUUGGAGUUGGAGAUCUGAUGAAA